AGCCGGUGUGGCUCAACAUCAGGGUGGGGAGACGGAUCUUGCUCCCUGAAAUUUGCCAUCCCCUCCGGCUUGCUUCGCAACGUCUUGCCUUCGGCAGACACGAGGGUACACGUAAUUACUAUGCACCCCGUGCGAGUCCAAGCCCAGGCUGUUCGGGUUGUGUCGAGCACGUGGGCCCGCGACUCGCACGAUCUGUUCGACUUCGAGGCCACGGACCUGCACCGGAAGACCUUCACCGCCCUGAAGCCGGCGGUGUGCGUGCGCACCGGCACCGACGUCCAGAUGCUGAGCGAUGCCCUUGCUGCUCCCCGCGUCAACAACAUGUGCGACCCGCUCUUGCGGCUGGCCCAGAAAGACGGCUCCUUUUGGGUGGACCGGGCCCCUCCGCAGGGCAGCUCCAAGAAGCUCUGGCUGGUGGUCCGGGACAUGCCCAACGGGGCCCACCACCUCCAGCAGGGCGACGUCAUCAAGCUCGGCCGGUUCAAGUUCCGCGUGCGGCAGCUCGAGGGCACUGGCGAGAUGCAGCCCGAGCUGAGGCUCGAUGAUUCCGGCGCGGUGUGCCGCGUGAAUUUGGACGGUGAGAAGGAGCUCGCGAACACGCUCUGCCGCAUCUGCCUGCUGGAAGGACCAAGCGAGGGCGACCCCCUCAUCGCGCCCUGCCUGUGCAAGGGCUCCAUCGAGUACGUCCACCUCGGCUGCCUGCGGCACUGGAUCCGAGGGCGCCUGAACCUCUCCGACUCCUCCGGCGGCUCCUACUUCUUCCGGCCUUUGCCGUGCGAGCUCUGCAAGGCCGCCUAUCCGACCUACGUGCAGAACGAGGCCGAUCCUCUGCAGCCGAUGCCGCUCGUGGAGGUGCCGUGGACGAGGCCGCCCUUCAUCGUGCUGGAGAACAUGGUCCGCGACUCUCAGCAGCAUGCUUGCCGCGGCCUGCACGUCAUCUCGCUUGCGGAGAAGGUGCUGAAGCUGGGCCGGGGCCACGAGUCCGACGUGCGCAUCGCGGACGUGUCGAUCUCCCGGUGCCACGCCAUGAUCCGCUUCCACCAGGGCCACUUCCAGCUGGAGGACAACAACUCGAAGUUCGGCACGCUGGUGGCCAUGAAGAAGCCGCGCCUCCUGGAGCCGGGCCAGGGCGUGUCCAUCCAGAUGGGCCGCACGGUGCUCUCCCUGUCGGCCCAGACCGACCUCGAGGCGGCCGACGCGCCGGCGCCGCUGCGCCACGGCACGUCCAGCGGGGCGGCGGACGAGCGCCAGCUCCGCCUGGCGCUCCUCAACCGCGGCAGCGGCGGUGCGCGCCCCGACGGCUGGGGCACGGAGUACCCCGGCGACGCGGCCCAGCUGCCCCGCGAGGCGGACGAGUGAGCCCCAUGUCUCUUCUUAGCACUCGUCGGGUGCUGCCAGGGGCGUCCCCGGCCCGAGGCUGAGGCGUCAUCGG